AUGAACGGUGUUGAGUAAAAAAAUGAAAAUCAAGAAAAUGAAUAAAAUUAACAGAGUAAGUCAUAAAAAAAGUAAAAAAAAAUCAUAGACAAAUUAACUUAGCGCACUGAGGAAUAUUUUUCAUAAUAAUAAGUAUUAAAUUAUUAAAAGUAGACUAUAAAUUAGGGUGGAAUUUCUUCCAGUAAGUCUUUGGCUUAGAUAUCUAACAAUUAACUGAGAAAACAUUAAAUCAACAGGCUUGUCGAGGAAUGCUAAAAAAUGAAGAAUGUAUCCAAAAGCAUAAUCAUUAGCUUAAAGAAAUUCCUCCAGAAUAGGUAUUAAAAAUGGUUAAAACUUACGAUAUGCUGUUUGCAGGUCAAUCGAAAUAAGUAACGUUAAACGAAUAGAAUAUUUAAAUCAUCGAUAUCAAAUUGAGAGUCCAUAAUGAAUUCGAAGAUUAUUUAUACUCUUAACACUAAUUAAUCCAUAACACAUUCAGAAGAGGCCUUUGCUUAUUAUUAUUAGACAAUGAAUACUAAAUAUUAAGGAAAGGACUGAAAAAAUUCUUUGAUAUGUAAUAUUAUAUUCAUUGAUUGAAAGAAAUUUAAAGCAUUUUUUAAAAUAAGGCAAUUCAACGACCAAUAAGACAGAAGAAAUAAUACAUAAUUAUACAUUCUCUUGUUUGCCUAAGGACUCUGAAAUCAAAAUAACCUAAAUGGAAAAGGUCAAUGGAGAAAAUGCUUAAAUCUCCUAUAUAAGAACAUUGGAUCGAUGGGUCAUAGGCUCUAAGAAUGUGACAUUAAUAUGUAAAGAUGAAUCUGAGCUAAAUUAAUACGAUUCUUAAAUUACAAACGAUCCACUUGAUACAAGAUAUCGAUAUGCAAUGAAAAUUGCUUAGGAAUGGUUCAAAAUUAUUGGAUCUUCCAAAAACGUGGAUUCCAUAAAGAAGUAUUUGAAUGAUCAUACAUUAAUUGGAGAAUAUUGUGGAAAUAAUGAAUAUUAGCACUUUGUAUAAUAUGAUCAGGUGUAAGUCAAAUUUUAUGCAUUGGUUCCUAAAGUAAGUGCUGAAUUCUCAGUCAAUUGCCUUCAUCCAGAUGAGACGUUGGCAAUAUUAUAAUCCUUAGAAUUAAAUACAGUUAGGUUCAAUCAUAUAAUCGCUAAAAAUUAUUAGGACUUUGAAAAACAGUUAUUGGAUAUAAUUAAGACUGUUUCUAUAUCAAAAUUAUCAGAAGUAGGAGAAGGAAAUGUUAUAUAUUUUAGCGAUUCUUAAUAGGAGUGCUUCUCCUUAGCUAAAUUAAAAUCUCUGGAAUGUAAUAUAUUAUUAAGAAUUCUAGACCGAUUUAAGCGAAAGAUUAGAGAAAAAUUAAGAUUGAUUAUUACUAAGGAUCAAAAUUCAAAUGCAACACUUAACAAAUACAUAGAUGAAGUCACAUAAUUAGCGAAAGAACUUAAUCAAUUAUUUGAAGAUCUUACUUAGAUAGAUCUAAAUAUCGAUUUAGCUAAAAAGUGUUUUGAAGCUACAUAAAUUGAACUUAUCCAAAAAGAUGCUAAUUUUAAGAAUUUUUGCGUUGAAAUGAUUGAUAAUAAAUUCAUAUCAUUUUUGACAGAAAUAGAACAAGAAGAGAAGAAAGAAAACGUGUUUUAAUCAGCAUAUUUGAAAAAAAAUGUAAUUUGA